AAAAGCUGUGUUUAUUUUUAAGCAAUCGUCGCUCCGUGUUCAACUCGUUAGCAGACAUCGUAGACAAGAGAAAAGGAGAGAGAGAAACUUAGAGAGAGAAAAUCACACAUAACAAAAGUGAGUAGCAUUUACCAGUUUCUACCCACACACACAAAGAAAAAAAAGAAAGGAAAAUCAAUCUGCCAGGAGAAAGACCUUUCCUGCUAGACUGAUUUUUACAUCUUUUACCAACUUGUAAUUUGAUUCCCUCUCCAAAACCCAAUUUGGCAAAUUGGGGGUUGUUUUGUUGAGUUUAGCCUUAGAAUUGAAUUAUAAGUUAGAAGGGUUUAGUGAGGGUUUAGGAUUAAUGAUGUUGACAUUCAAAGUUGGUUUCUGAUGUAAUACAAAAGCGGUGGUUACAUACAACAACAUAUAAAAAAAAGAUGUCGCUUUAUAUUGGUCGUGAGGCUUCAAAGCUGUGGAAGAGAGUUUGUUCGGAGACAACAACGGAGAUCAAUCUUCUUGCUGAAAAUUGGAAAUAUAUUCUUGGUGGCUUAAUAUUCCAGUACAUCCAUGGGCUUGCUGCUCGAGGGGUUCAUUACUUACAUCGUCCUGGACCAUCUCUUCAGGAUGCCGGCUUCUUUCUUCUUCCGGAGCUUGGGUCAGACAAAGCUUACAUAAGUGAAACUGUAUUCACCAGUAUUUUUCUAUCUUUUGUCUUGUGGACAUUUCAUCCUUUUAUUUUCAAGACCAAAAAGAUCUUUACUGUUCUGAUAUGGUGCAGGGUCCUGGCAUUCUUAGUUGCUUGUCAAUUUCUUCGGAUCAUAACAUUCUAUUCUACACAGCUUCCUGGUCCAAAUUAUCACUGCCGCGAGGGUUCAAAGCUUGCCACACUUCCUCGGCCUAAUAGUGUUUUAGAAGUUUUCCUAAUUAAUUUUCCCAGGGGUGUACUUUAUGGUUGUGGUGAUUUGAUAUUUUCAUCACAUAUGAUAUUCUCUUUAGUCUUUGUGUGGACGUAUCAUAAAUAUGGCACACGAAGGUUUAUAAAGCAAUGUGCUUGGUUAGCUGUUAUUGCUCAGAGCUUUUUGAUUGUUGCAUCACGCAAACAUUACACAGUUGACGUUAUUGUGGCAUGGUACACUGUUAAUCUAGUAGUGUUCUUCAUUGACAAAAAGUUACCAGAAUUGGCUGACCGUACUAGUGCAGCCUUGUUGCUACCCUUAAGCAAGGAUAGCAAGACUAAAGAAGAGAAUCACAAACUUCUGAACGAUAAUUCUGGUGAUCCUGCAGACUGGAGGCCUAGAACCCAAAUCAACGGGAAGAUCAUGGAAGAUGGUAAUGCGGUCCAUGUUGAAGCAGCAAUGAAUGGUGUAUAGACGAUAAAAUGCAGACAGCUCAACUAACUGAACCAGGUUUAAGCACUACUGUUCAAUGUCAUUACAAGUCGGGUUUGACAAGUCCUUCGUGGUGUUCUUCCAAGUCCAAUAGUUUUGGUCCGUAGUGUAGGAUGCCAAGUCUAGAGGGUUAUGCUUUGGAUGUCUCUGUGGUCCCUUUGCUUAUAUUUAAUGGCUUCAAUGUAUCAUGGAAUUCCAUUUUUUCCCCUUAUUAAUGCCAUUAUUCUCUAAUUGCGCUCA